CAAACAAAGCUGCAGACCUGUAGGCGCAGCUGAACCGAAGACUAUGCAAAAGCAAAAACUAAAUACAACAACGCCACUGCACUGCAAUUCCAUUCACUGCUCUUUGGAGCGGCGGCAUCCGUUUGAAGUUGGGUCAGAAGUAGCGCCUAUGCGCAGGACAAAAUCGACAAAGUAUUGCCAAAUAAUGCACCUCCGCCGCAGUCAGCCAGGCCAACUGCCAAACAGCAACAAAGCAAAGCCAAACAAGGCUAAAGUGCAGCACACGCAGUUGGAGUUGGCAGUGAUUCAUGGAAACUCAUCUGACAUUUACAACUAUGAGCGACUGAGCGGGCGCGCAAAAUCAGAACAACUUGUCUGCCUAGGCCGAGACAAAUAGACGACAGACAGGUUACCACACAUUGUUCGACUUGAAUGAGUGUUGCACAAGGUGCAACGUUGAUGAUACUGCCGUUGAUUAUUGUGUUGCAAUUCCUUUGUUUUUUUGUAUCCAGAUUUGCUAUAGAUUAUUUGUGUUGGGUUUCUAUGAAAUAUUCGCCUUUGAGACAUUGCAAGAUUUCGUAAUUCCAAGAAUUUAUUUGUGUCAAAGGACAAUUUAGCAUUGUUUCGAUGCAUUAUUGAUUUUUUGCUCUAACGUAACUGUAAUGGACUUUGGGUCAAGUGAUGGAAAAAGCAUGGAAGUGUGACAAGGUGUUGCUGGCAUUAGCAACAAGAUGCGAAAAUGAAAUGCAGCCGCUCUCGGAAGAGGUGUCUAAG